AUGCCGGCAACAGCGGUCAAAUUCAGACAACUCGACUCAACAACAACAGCAAUUCGCUCUCGCUCCCGUGGACGUUCGGCCUCUGCGACAGAUGCGGCUUCAACUUCGACUUCAAUCGUAGAGACCACCUGUCAGAAAGUCCGAAAUAUCUUAGACAUGACUAUCGCGAAUAUCAUUUGGAAACGCAACAUCUUCGACCACGAAAAUCUUGAGGUCCACGAGCUACAACCUGAAUCAGGUGAUCACAUGGCAUCAUCAUUGAAUGUUCGUCGACUCAAGAAGGAUCAUUCUUCACACAUCAAUUGGAUCCUCCAACUCUUGAACGGUGUUAUGGAAGCGAUAACACGAGGUUAUCUUCGCACUCUCAACAUUGUGGUCCUUCUUGAUCCUAAAGACCCAAAUAAUAUCAUUGAGGCGUACCGGUUUGAUUUCGUCUAUUCAGCCCUAGGUGCUCCAGGUAUUGCCUUUGGGGAAUCAACUCCAACUUCCCCCGACGUAUAUCGUAUGAUGAGAGCUGUCCAACAUACUCUCAUCAAUGCGUGUGAUGAGCUUGAUCCAUUACCAGCUGACAAUCACGAUCAAUCCUUCUUAGAUUUCCGCCUCACAUACUAUGGUCACACCCCAACCACGUACGAACCGCCCAACUUUCAACUUUUCCGUGGUGAUGUCUGGUUUGGAACUCGAGAUGCCAAUCAGCAACCGUAUGAGAGAAUUGCUGGUUCGACAUUUUCUCAUCCGCUCUUACAUAAAAUCAAUGUCCGUUUGACUUCCAUUGCCAAUCUUCUCCCCAGGGAAUCCCACCCAACGGACUACCCAGGAGACAUAUCUGCGUCAUGGAGAAGAUCUGGCAGAGAGAAGGACGCUCAGGAAAGGAACAUUGCCUGGGUCUCAAAUAGCGAUGCUUCCAUCCAACAAGCGGGCCAGAUGAUCAACGGACAGCUUGUGGAAUUGGCAGGGCAACACUCGCCUUUUCAUUCUCACCUUCCGGGAAUUAUUGUGGAAGGAGUCGUUCGCUUUUGUGCGAAGAACAGUCAGCAAUUGGGUACAAACGACGCCGAUGAAACAAUGUCAUUAGACAGGUCCGGAGAAACCGUAACUUUGGUCGGACACCAAUAUGAGUCAGUUACACCAGAUGACCCAGAUGUCUAUAAUUGUAACCUUCAUAUUCAAGCCCUUGGCUUGUCCACACAAUCACAUUCUCCUCAAGCUCCUGUCGACGAUCAUGAGACCUCCAGCGACGGCGAGGAAACGACACAGAGCAACGACAACUUCCGGACCAUUCCCACCUCCAAACGUAAGCAAUCAGCAACAUGUCGGAAACAAGCUCGGUCGAGCAAAACACGCAAGCGAUCGGUUAAACCACCAGCCUCAAAGCGUAAACCCAAAGGUCGAGUGCAGCGCGAAAAUUCCAAGGAAAAAAGGUCUGCAGUCCAAUCCAAGAACGAUCUCGAGAAGAAAGAGAAAGCAAAGUGUCCUUGCAAGAGGCAAUGCGGGGAAACCAAAAUACAAUGUGCUCUGUGUUGUCAAUGGGUACAUGGAACCUAUAUGGACGAUGCAAUUGAAGAUGCACCCGAGCGUUUCAAAUGUCUGUUUUGUCGAAUCAAGCAGCAGAGGGUGUAUGAUGAAGAUGUCAAAAUCAAAGCUAGUGUUAGGUUGCUGUACCUCUAUCGACAAGUAGUUGCCACAGCAAGACGUAAUUGCAAGUUUCCAGAGUCUGAAGAGAUGAUGGGUUCAUACGGUUGCUCCGAUAUCGAGAUAGCAGCAUUGCAUUCUUGGAUGUUGAGAGAUGGUUUCAUCGACUCCAAAGCAACGGCAUCAAGUGGGCAAGGGUACAUGAAAAACAAGCUGUCACAUCUGUCAUUUGCCAAAUUAAUGAGUCCUGGAGGUCCGGUGGAACAGCAGGAAUUCGCCAUACCACCAUGGAGUGGCUUCAGGGAAGGAUCGGAAAUGCAGCAACAUCUCGACUCGUAUUUGAGCAAACAUACGACGGAAUCCAGUCCAGCUGGAUUGUUUUCUUCAUCGUCUGUUUAUUCUUUGUCUGCGUCAAGGAGAUUUCAACAUGAACCGGUCAAUCAGCUGCACGGAGUUUCAUCGGACACACCACAAGGGCAGCUUUCUCUGGCCACACUUCCAAGCCAAAGUCAGUGGUCCGGAUCCGCACAGUUGGUUGAGUUACCUUCCGAGAAAACCAGUCGAUCAAUCAGCUUUCAAGGUGUAGUCGAAGACAGCGCAACUUGUCAAUUAUUGUAG